UGCCCUGUGAAGGGAAGAGAGCCUGAUCCAUGUUGGGAAACAGUAGCAGUAACAGGGAUGCCAAUAGUACGGACUGCAGAUUGGCCUUUGCUGGAGUGGUCUGCCAGCUCCUCUUCAUGGUCCUCCUGAUCAUUGCCAUCACUCUUGGAAACCUGGUGAGUCUCCUGGUUUUCUUCUGUGUAAGGCAAUUCCGGACACCCCAAAGCUACCUAAAAGCCUCUUUGGCACUUGCUGAUUUGGCGGUGGGGCUCAUUGUAGUACCUUACUCAGUUUACCAGGAGACGAACAUGUUGGCCUAUGGCGGGGCAGGGCAAGAAGAGAGUCCAGCUGGCUGGUCGGUCUGUUGGGUCACCGGCCCUAUCUUUGCAGGCUGCACCUUCGUCUCCAUCAGCACCAUAUUUCUGCUUUCGGUGGAGAGGACCAUCACUGUGCUGAAGCCCUUGCACAGGAAAACUGUGAUUACCAAGCGCAGGAUCACUUGGCUCAUUCUUGGAUCCUGGAUCCUGAGUUUCUCCUUGGCAGUGAUCCCUCUGCUCUCGGUUCCCAAUAUCACCUUUGAGUACAAUCCCUGCAGCAAGAUGUGCAACUAUGGCUUUCCUCUGAACAAGUUGCCCGAGUCCAAUUGGAACGUCAUGCUCCUGUACCCAAUAUUUGAUUUUGCCCUCUUAGGGGGCACUUUUGUUGUCAACACCAUCACCUUUGCCACCCUCCGGCAGUACCGCAAAAUGAGGAAGCAACUGAGGGAAGAGCCACAGGGAACCCACAGGCUCUCUUACUCGGAUGUCACGGCUGCCAGGACCAUUGGUAUCCUGACCCUUGCAUUCUCUGUGGCUUUCGUUCCCAUUGCUGUAUUUGUUGUGGGCACUGUGGUGGGAUAUGAAUGGUGCCAAUUCUCCUUCUAUGCUUUCUGGAUCCUUGCUUCCAACAGCUGUUGGAAUGUGGCUAUCUACAGUGUUUGGGACCCCAAAUUCCGGCAAGGGAUGCAGGAAAUGUUCUGCAAGCAAAAGCUGAGAGCUGAUUCCCAGCAGUAUUCCAGCCACUCACUGGAGAGGCACCGUUCUGCCCCUGCUUGUGUGAUUGUUCUCAAGGAGAUGCUCCGUCCAGAGUCCAACUAG